AUGCCCAAGCCUUUGGUGUCCGCUUUAGACGACGAGGCUUUGGAACACAAUAUCAUUGCCGAGUCCUUUCGCCAUCACUUUGAGCCGACAUAUCAAAAGUAUCUUAUCGAUAAUGAGUCGCCUCCCUCGCUUCCGUUUCAAUUUGAACAUCUGGAUCACACUGCAGAUCUUCAGAUUCAUUCUUGGGGAAAUACCCUUUCUGAGGCAUUAUCGUGUUGUGUUUAUGGCCUUUCCUCAUAUAUGGCAGAUAUUUCUAAAGUUUCCUUGAAACAAAUGAAAAUAUUUUAUUGUCCCGGUAGAAAAUCGCUUAUUAAUGUAUCUGUAGGGGCGUCCCCUGAGGAUUUGGCGUAUAGAUUACUUUGCGAGUCUUUGAAUCUGUUCCAUGAGUCUUUGUUUCUGAUCAGGCACAUUGAGCUUAAAUUUGUUGAUAAAAACUCGUAUUCCCUGGUGGCAGCAUGGUAA